CACCAAGAGAAGAAGUACAACAAAAAGCAGCCACAUACUUAGAGAGUACCAUCUCAUCAUCUAUUUUCUCUGGCUUCCCUUUCUCUCUAAUUAAACAACAUGUAACUGGACGUAAAUGUAGCUUUACGGCCUGGAGGUUUUUGUGGAGUAGCAGCUGGUCAAAAAAAAAACGGCUGUUAUUGUUCUUAUACGUGUUUUUGUUUGUGAAUUUGGCAUCUAAGCUAGCUCCGAGGUUAGCUCCCCUCUUAACGACCGUCUUCGUCUGAACUGCAUCGGAGAUAAAACAGCUGUGUUUACCGUCCACAUUAACCCCUCACCUGUCCCUCAGUUUGACCUGCUAAUAUUCAGAGAUGGGAAGCCUGGGCAGCAGGUUCCAGUCCUCCCCUCAGGGACCGGAGGAGGCGGCAGAGGGAACAAGUACCAGCCGCAAACAUGAUUGUGACUGUAAGAAGAGGAAACGAAAUGCUCAGUGUGACUGCGAAAGUGAGCAAGAGGAGGACGAUUCCUUACUAGAUACACCUCGCAGGAAGAAAUUGAAAAGCACCUCAAGAUACAUUUAUCAGACCCUGUUUCUUAAUGGGGAAAACAGUGACAUUCGCAUUUGUGCUCUGGGACAGGAGUGGAACCUCCACAAAGUCUACCUUUGUCAGUCAGGGUAUUUCUCCAGUAUGUUUAGUGGCUCUUGGAAGGAGUCCAGCAUGAUGGAAAUCCACUUGGAGAUCCCAGACCAGAACAUUGAUACUGAAGCUCUUCAAGUUGUUUUUGGCUCCCUUUACCGGGAUGAUGUCCUGAUCAAGCCCAGCAGGGUCGUCAGUAUUCUUGCUGCUGCUUGUAUGCUGCAGCUGGAUGGCUUGAUCCAGCAGUGCGGUGAAAGCAUGAAGGAAAACAUCAGUGCAAAGACCGUGUGUGGCUAUUAUGCUUGUGCUAGCAUAUAUGGCCUGGAUUCGGUUAUGAAAAAGUGCCUCGAGUGGCUUCUUAACAAUCUAAUGACUCACCAAAAUGUUGAGUUGAUGAAAGAACUUGGGGUUGAGGUGAUGGAGCAGCUCAUCCAGUCCUCAGACCUUUUUGUCAUGCAGGUAGAGAUGGAUGUAUACACUGCUCUAAAAAAGUGGAUGUUUCUACAGCUCAAUCUAUCAUGGGACGGCCCCAUCAAGCAGCUUCUAGCUGAUGCUGAUGCCUGGCUUUGCAAACGCAGGACAGAUCUGUGUGAGAAAGAGCCAUUCUUGGACACAGAGGAGGGUGCACCUUUUCGCUCAGUGUUCAAACUCGUCCGCCUCCAGUAUAUUAUCAACGAUCUUGCAUCGGCGAGAAUCCUGGAGAGAGACAACAUUUUGCCCCCUGAUUGGCUAACAGUAAUGUACAAAAAUCAGUGGUUUGCCAUGCUUCGGACAGAAUUUGACAAUGACAAUGGUCCUCAGGAGUCUAACAAAGAGGAGUUUGAGCUGAGCAGUAUGAGGUGUGGCAGGAAACUGAGUAAAGACGGAGAUUAUUGCUGGCGAUGGACAGGCUUCAACUUUGGGUUUGACCUGCUGGUGACCUACACAAAUCGCUUCAUAGUCUUUAAAAGGAAUACACUCAGUCAGCCAUGUGGGGGCGCUGUGAGUCUACAACCUCGGAGGCAUCUGGCAUACAGGUUACGUCUAGCCUCCUUUGAUAGUAGAGGGAAACUGGUCUGCAGUCGCUCAACAGGUUACCAACUUCUCACCCUUGAGAAAGACCAGGAGUAUGUGGUGAUGAACCUGGAUAGCCGGUUGUUAUCAUUCCCCCUCUAUGUGUGCUGUAACUUCCUGUAUACGUCACCCCAUUCAGACCACCGUCCAGAUUCCUCAGAACAAGACAGCACCGCUCGCUGUACAUCUUGAUGCCUGCUCAACAGCCACUGACUCCUGCCAUUCCUUUGGUAAUAUAGAGACACUGAUGAAAGCUUGUAUGUACAAUCCACCACAUUUCACACCCAUUUGACAUUGGACACAUUGUCUGCAUGCUCUAUAACUUAUUGCAAUGUUUAGGGAAAAUGUUUUGCUUAUGUGUAGGCGGUGUUUGGCAUAUUCCGAGUUAGCUUUUUAUACAAGGGGUUUACAAUAAAACAGGCACUCAACAGUGUUCUGAAGGGAUCAGACCAACCUUUUCUCUCCGAGCAGCUGAACUCUGCCAUCAACUGUCUGCUUUGGGAUGCUGGACCACUCGUAAAGAUGGAAAAUCUUGGAGAGGCUGGAAAUCUGCAUUUAACUGAAUCUGAAGACUUUGCAGAUUCUUUAUGUUAAGAUCCAGUGUCCAAGACAUCUCUUCAGGAGUUUUUAGCUACACCUAAUGAAUCUACCCUUGAUUUGUAUAUUAGUAUGUAAGGGGGCAUUAUCAUCUUAAAACAUGGGAACACCAUGAAGGUGAAGCACCACAAGUUGAAGCCAACAACGGUCAUUGUAUUUCAGAUACUUGUCAGACCGUACUGCUUCAGAGACAUUAACCACUUAAACCAACAUAAAUUGUGUAUCAGUGUGGUGAAUUUCUAAAAUAUGAAUCCAGAUUUGAAUAUACGCCUCAGAUGUGGCAUCUAUCAGCUUACUUCAUCUUUGCUGCUGUGCAGAAAGUUGCACAUGUGCAGCCAAUAACAUUAUAGUAAAAGAAAAUUAGCUGAUUGAAGCAGUAAAAAGUGAGCUUUUCCACUUGGGUUUGUACAUCGGUUUCACUCAGGCUGAAGUCGGAUAUGUUUCCAUUAUAUUUUCUGAUUCAUUUAUUUACAACCCGAAUACAAAAAAACAUUGCAAUGAAAUCUGAGUGAACCAGCACCGUGAAGUCAAGUCAGACUUCUCAGUAAAUUUACACUUGAAACUUGGGGCUGCAGAAUUCCAAGCCACACCAGCUUUCUGAUGGUUACUGUUUUUACUUUAGGCUUAAAUUUUGAUGCACUUCAGAUUUCCAUGGGAUUUCUGCGUUGUUUCGCAGCUACAUGUCAUUCAGCCCAUCUCCUGAUGGUCUUUUGCAGUGGAGUGGUUUCUGUUUGACUCAUGGGGACAAAAACUUUCUUUGAUCAAAGCAUGAAGGAGCUUUGCAGUUACCUUGCUGUACCUUUUCUUGUACUUGCUUUAAACAUUUUUUCAAUAUUUGUUUUCUUAUUUUUUAAAUCUGUUGUUACCUCAUAUAGUUUUGAAAAAAAUGGAGGAUUUGGGGCUGUAAAUCAGACAUAAUGCUAACUCUCCAGCAUCUCUGGAGGAUUUGUCUGUGUAGUUGCAACUCAUUAUGUUCAAAUUUAAAUUUAAUUUUAUUUAGCUGUUAUUUAUUUUUUACGUCCUUUGUAUUUUUAAGAAUGUAUCUUUUUGCAAAAGAAAUAUAGAAAACUCCGCUGCCAAUAAAAUUGCCUUCACUCGGGCUUGGUGCUAUGACACAAUCCUCUUUUUCCACUCGAAGUUUUUCAUACAGUUACACAUUCAUGUGUUUGUUUCUUCAGAUACUUGAUAAGUAUUGACGUUAUCACUUUGGUGUGAUAACUUUUUUUUAUACAGAUUGCUCUUUUAUUGCAUACAUGGUAAAACUUCCAAAGUCUAGACACAUCCAUCCAUUCAUUUUCAACAACUAAGAUGUUUCAUAAACAUUUUUAUGGAACAGAUUUUCUAAAGAGCAAGUUUAAAAAACGGUUUUGACAAAAACUGUUUAAAAAAAACUCAAAUAUAGCUCGAUGAAACUGUUUUGCUCCAGUUUUCUUUCUGACUGGUUCAAAGAUCAGUGUGUAGGAGGCACUGCUUCUGUCAUUAGUUGGCUUACCUCCAGAGUCUAAUCUGGUCCUUGCUCUAAAGUCUGAACAUUGUCAAGUUUGAAGGUUAAAAAUGAUCCUGGUCACCAAAGAUUUUAGAGUUUGUCGCGGCUGCUGUUACUUUUUAUGAAUUAUGUAAAAAAAAUGCAAUCUUUCAUGAGUAAAGUUACAAGAUUACAUUAUUUAUAUCAGUUAUUAUUGUCAGCCUUACUUUUACUUGAGCUCAUUAUCAUCCAAUUAGUCAGUCUUGCUGUUUUGUGCUUCAUCACUAACCCAGUUCAUGUGCAGCUCCAGCAUUAUUAAAACAUUCAUUUGUAAUUUUACCAGACUGGCAGCAAUAUGAAACAUUUUCUGAUUGGAUGUAGAAACUGGCUACAAGCUGCACAUCAUGUCUCCAGUGUUUGACACGAUUUGUACCAUUUUACACCAUUCCCUCACAGUGUUGCCUUUCUGUACCAUGUAUAAGAAGAAUAUUCCUGUCAUUAAAAACAGUGCAACA